AGAUGUCCAACACCAACAACGCUACCACCGUUCCCUAUGUGGUGGAAGAUUGUCGAGGAGUCCUCCUAGUUUACAGCGAUGGUUCCAUAGUCCGAAAAUCUCAACCAGUUGCAGACAUUGUUGUCGAUGAUGAUGGCUCUGUGGUUUGGAAGGAUGUCCUCUUUGAUCCGAUUCAUAAACUCCAUCUCCGUCUCUACAAGCCUUCUUCUUCUUCCACAAACACAAAGCUCCCAAUCUACUACUACAUUCAUGGCGGCGGCUUCUGUCUCGGCUAUCGUAAUUUGCUCAAAUUCCACAACUACUGCCUUCGUCUUUCUUCUGAGCUUCAAGCUGUUAUCAUAUCGAUUGAUUACCGACUCGCACCUGAGAAUCGGCUUCCAGCCGCCAUCGAAGACGGAUUCAGUUCCGUUACGUGGCUUCAAGCUCAGGCUGUAUCCGGCAACCCUGAUCCUUGGUUAACUGCUGAUUUGGUCGAUUUCCGACGAGUUUUCAUAUGCGGGGACUCGGCUGGCGGCACUAUCGUUCAUCAUAUGGCGGUUCGACUCGGUGCUGGAUCGUUCGGAAUGGAACCAGUUCAGAUUCGGGGUUACAUACUCUUGAACCCCUUUUUUGGUGGGACAGUGCGGACCAGGUCCGAAGCGGAGGGGCCGACGAAAACGUACCUCCAUUUGGAAUAUAUUGACAUGUAUUGGAGGCUGUCAUUACCGGUGGGAGGAACAAGAGAUCACCAAUUAGCAAAUCCGUUUGGACGUGAUAGCCCAAACCUUGAAUCAGUGGCUCUUGAUCCAAUCUUGGUUGUGGUUGGUGACCAUGAUUUGCUAAAAGAUCGGAUUACGGAUUAUGCAAAGAGACUGAAAGAGAUGGGAAAGGUUAUCCAGUUUGUUGAAUUUGAGGGACAGGAACAUGCGUUCAUUACACGCAAUCCAGACUCUGCAGUAGCAAACAAGUUGAUGCAAAUUAUCAAAGAUUUUAUUGCUAAGUACAACUCAGUCUGAAAGAGUGAAAGUAUCA